UAUAAGAUUGGGGGUGGGGCUCAUUCACUAAAAGCUUAUUGUUCACUUUAACUGUCAAGCAUCAUGUCUGACUCAGCUGAGUACAAAGCAUUCAAGGAUUGUCACAGCAGUCUUCUUACUUGUAUUAAGCAGUCUCCUAAAGAUGUCAGCGAUCGAUUAAAGAUUCUAGCACCAGCCAAUCAAGAUUAUCUUAGGAAUGACUCUCAUGAUGAUGGUGACAAAGCCCGGCGAAUAAUGGAAUCUGUGAAACUCCAGAUAGAAAACGAUCCAUUUAUUUUCCAUUCAUUCGUUAGUGCUCUUGAAAGAGCUGGUAGUUUUACGAAAACUGCAGUGCAAAAACUCAAUGAUGCACUGCUAAUACAGAGACAAAAUCAACAGUGUGAUCAAACUCCAAAAAUCAAAGAGAGUGAUAACGGAGGUCAAGCAGGUGAAGCGUUACAACCAAGAUCCGUCAGUGUAAGCUCAUCUGGAUUUGAAUCACCCACGGCUUCUGACUUUAAUACAGAUUGGAAAUUCUUUAGCUUCCAAUGCGACUGUGGAAAGUGUACCAUCUUGGGUCAUGUCACUGGCAGAGAUAAGUGUUUAAGCUCCAAGCCACCUCAAAUUAAAAGAUGCACUCGUGAUACUCCUUGUAGUGAAAACAGAAUGUCAAAGAAGGAAAUCUCUUAUAGUAUGUUCAUGGCGGCCCUACGUGAAGAAAGACAAAACAUUCAUACCAAGUUUUGUAGCUUACUCAAAAACACGAUUACGAAUCUGGAAGCAAAAUAUAAUGUUAUUAAAGUAAAACAGUUCGUCCAGAUGCUUUUAACACCACGAGAAUCGCAUUUCAACCCAAUUUUUCAUAAACCUUCUGAACAAAUUCUGUUCCAUGAUAUUACCAGCUUUAGCGAAUUGUCUUUCUUCUUACAGAAUAAUUUCUGCUCUUGGUUCAAUUAUUCACUCAUUUCCGCAAUAAGAGAAGAAUUUCUUUUCCCAUGUAAGGAUGAUGAUCAAGCAUUACUGAGAUACGAGCAUUUGUUUCAGCAAUAUGUUAAUCGACAAUGUUUUCUAUUUGUUGAUGACUUUGGCCCUCAACCGUCUCACAUUGAAUCAACGGAGAUAACAUGUAAGAUCGAUGUUGACUUUAAAACAAUCACUCACGAUCAAAUUCAACGCUUGAAGUUAGUUUUUAUGAAAUGCUGGGAAGAAAUAAUACCACAUCAAUUUUUAAAUUUAAAGAAUGUUCAAGAAGGCUGUACAGAGCUGGUAUUUCGAGUUCCAGCAUGUUUUAAGCAUAUUUACUGCCACUUGAGUCCUAAAAAUAUGCAGUAUUUGAAAGAAAAAAGAUUCAUUGAGGUCAAAAUUGGUCAAAAAGUAAUAUUGAAGGCAGAAGGUAAUUCAACAAAGAAGCUGCUAAAAUCAUUUGGCCAAGAUGGUGAUGACCCGACUUCUGCCUUAGCCUUACUGAUAGGGCUUGAUCCGACAGUUGAUGUCAGUUCAAUCAGGGACAGUGAUGGAAUAACCCUCCUCCAUCUUGCCUCACUGUAAAAACAAACGUGUUAUUUUAACCCGUGGUAGCGUGUCGUUCGAAUGUCUCCUAAAAUAGCACACUAUACACACGUGUUACUUGAUAUCAAUGUUAAAACAGCACCCGUGUCAUUGAUUUUUGUGUUAAACCAGCACGUAUGUAGCAUGCAAUAAAUUAUUAACAGUGACGUUG